UUUAAUUAACUCUGGCCAAAGAUUAAAGGAGCUUCCCCGUUUAAAAAAUGCUGCGAAUCGUUGUAACUUUUGCCUUAAUUCUGGCUUCAGUCAGUGCCACCACUGUACAGCAGUGCAAGAACAAGCCGUUGCCACUGGACGUUAAGAUUCAGGAUUGCGAUGUGCCACCGUGCAUUGUCUACAAAGGAACCAUUGCUGUAAUGGAGGUGCACUUCCUGGGCAAUAACAACAAUAUCAAGAGCAUCACUGCCACCACAACGGCCAAGGUUUUGGGCAUGAAUCUGCCGUAUGACCUUCCCGAAGAGGUGUCCAAUGUGUGCCGAAACCUCCUGUAUGGCGCCAUGUGCCCCAUUGACAAGGACGAGGAUGUCACCUACCAGUUCAACUUCUACGUGGAGCCUGCAUUCCCGGAAAUUACGGCGGAUGUCACUGUAACGCUAAACGAUGCCCAGAACGAACCGAUCACCUGCUUUGUCGUGAGCUGCAAGCUCCGGAAGGGAGCAACUGCAUCGCAACGGGACGAAUACCUUUUGGACUGGACGAAUCCGAGUGCCAUCUCCGAAUAAGCAUACGAUGUACGCAAUACCACCGAUUUUGGCCGACUGAUUAUUCCACCUUAUUUGCCGAAUAAUAAACUCAAAACUCUUGCAGCGAUAA